GGUCGCAUCCCGGCGGCGGCGACGGCUCGUGGGGCAGCGCCUUCCCCCUGGGCUCCCGCCGGCCUCGCGGCGCUCCCAUGCUGCUGCUGCGGAAGCUGCCGGGCAUGCCGGGCUGGCCGCCGUCGGCGCUGGGGCUGCGGCUGCCGCACAAGUUCGCCGUGCUGCUCUUCCUCUCGGGCCUGCUCACGCUCUGCUUCGGCGCCCUCUUCCUCCUGCCCGACUCGUCCCGCUUCAGGCGCCUCUUCCUGCCCCGCCGCGGAGCCGACCCGGACCUCAGCCGCGGCUCGCCCCCGCCGCCGCCUCCCCCCCCGGGCUCCGACUCCGGUCGCCGCCGCCAUGCAGCGCCCAGCCCGCCCCCGCCGCUCCUCCGGGACCCCAAACUCCCGCCCGCCGCGGCGGCCAAGCGAGAGCGCCACCAACGCCGCCCGCAGGGCCCGCCCGGUGUUGGCACCGCCGCCGACCCUCUCCAGCAGCAGACCCGAGCCCCGGUCGGCUUCGACUACCGCGCUUUCCGCCACAAGCUCCGCCACCCUCUGUUGGGCAGGAGGAGAGGCGGCACCGAAGAUCCCGAACUCCGCGCCAGGAGGCUGAAGAUCAAGGAGAUGAUGAAGUUUGCUUGGGAUAACUACAAACGAUAUGCAAUGGGGAAAAAUGAACUGCGGCCCCUUACUAAGAAUGGACACAUUGGUAACAUGUUUGGAGGUCUCCGGGGAGCCACGGUGGUGGAUGCUUUAGAUACUCUGUACAUUAUGGAGCUGCAAGAAGAAUUCCAAGAAGCCAAAAAAUGGGUGGAGCACAGCUUUGACUUGAAUGUGAAUGGUGAAGCUUCUUUGUUCGAAGUGAACAUCCGCUACAUCGGAGGGUUGCUGGCUGCGUUCUACUUAACUGGCGAAGAGGUCUUCAAGAGUAAAGCUCUAGAACUGGGAGAGAAGCUUUUGCCAGCUUUUAACACACCAACGGGUAUCCCACGGGGAGUCAUAAACCUGGGCAGUGGCAUGAGCUGGAGCUGGGGAUGGGCAUCUGCGGGCAGCAGCAUUUUGGCAGAAUUUGGCAGCUUGCACCUGGAAUUCCUGCACCUCUCAGAGUUAUCUGGGAAUCCGGUGUAUGCUGAAAAGGUGAUGAAUAUCCGCAAAGUCCUGAACAGAAUCGAGAAACCACAAGGGCUCUAUCCCAACUUUCUCAGCCCAGUAACUGGGAACUGGGUACAGCACCACGUUUCCAUCGGCGGUCUUGGAGACAGUUUUUAUGAAUACCUGAUCAAAUCAUGGCUGAUGUCAGACAAGCAGGACACUGAAGCAAAAAGCAUGUAUGACCAUGCGUUAGAGGCCAUAGAAAAAAACCUGGUGAAGAAGUCUGCUGGUGGGCUAACGUAUAUUGCUGAGUGGCGAGGAGGCAUCUUGGACCACAAGAUGGGCCACCUGGCUUGCUUCUCAGGUGGCAUGAUUGCCCUCGGAGGGCAGCACACAACAGAAGAGCAGAAGCAGCACUAUAUGGAGCUGGCUGCAGAAAUAACGCGGACCUGCCAUGAGUCUUACGUGCGCUCAGAUUCCAAGCUGGGCCCAGAAGCAUUUCGCUUUGAUUCUGGCACUGAAGCAGUGGCCACCCGGCUCAGCGAUCGCUAUUACAUUCUGCGCCCUGAAGUUGUUGAAAGUUACCUGUACAUGUGGAGAUUAACACACGAUCCCAAGUACAGGCAGUGGGGAUGGGAAGUUGUUGAGGCGCUCGAGAAAUAUUGCCGAGUAGAUGCUGGUUUCUCCGGGAUCCGAGAUGUUUAUACCACCAACCCGAGUCACGACAACAUGCAACAGAGUUUUUUCCUGGCAGAGACGUUAAAGUAUCUGUAUCUUCUGUUCUGUGAAGAUGAUGUGCUGUCUCUCGAGGACUGGGUGUUCAACACUGAAGCCCAUCCGCUGCCAGUGAACCACACAGACAUUGUCCUGAAGAUGAGUGUGUAGCAGACACAGCCAGCUUCCACAGAGGGGCUCAGUGGGUCACUUCUCUCUCUCUAUCAGUUUGUUUUUCCUUUCCAAUAAAGGAAUGUGUGGUGUUCCCGGAAAGGUAUUUUGGGGGCAUUCGUCCAAUUCCGGACAGUAUUUUAUCGGGGAGUAUAAAAACUGUGAAACAAGCACCUUCUUUUUUUUCCUCUGUGAGGAACUUUACUUAGCCUGGUAAUGAGACGUUGGUUAUGGGCCAUAAUAGAGAAUCAUGAACGUUGCUUUCUACAGAGAAUUUAUAUGGAGCUCGCUGACUUUGUUUUCACGUGGCCAAAGGAUCUGGAGUUUGCCAUAAAACAGACAUGUUGUUUUUUUUGUCUUAUUUUUUUUUUUUGCCAUUUUUGGUCUCUUCCCCCCCCCCAUCUGCUUUUUAAAAAUAUAACGUUAAUUUUUGUAAUCACUUUUAUCACUUAUAUUUUGAAAAUCGCGUGCAUUCUAAAUGGACUCAGUGCCAUCACUAGAUCAAGAAGUGUCUGCAAAAUCCUGAAUCCCAAACAUCUUUUCUAUAUCACUCUUUCUUUUUUACCCCCCUGUGCUCUUUAAAACAAAAAAAGUUUACUGUCAGUUGCAUCAUGUGUGACUUUGCUUUCUAAUGUUGGAAGUUUUUGGGGGCUUGGGGGAAGCAUUUUCAUUUUUGUUUCUCUCUGUUUUUGAUUUUCAUUUGGAGCUUAAAUAUUACAAGGCACUUGUAAUGAUUUUGUUUCUGUAAUACUCAGAAAUGUGAAAUAGAAUAAAAAUUUCUGGUCUGAUAAGAAGA